AUGCAUGAGCCAAGGUAUACAACAACUACGACAGUUGUCGAAACCACCGAAUACAUUGCGGAUGAUGGACCGACAGUUCAUAUUGGAUUGCCAAAAGCUGAUUGUUCAUAUAUUCGCACAUUAGGAGGAAUCAUGAAACUCGUUUGUAUUAUCCUGUGUUUUCUGUGCUUCAUGAUGAUUCUCUUCGCUCGUGCAUCCUUCCCAGGAGCUAAUUGGGCUACAUUCGUUACUUCAAUUGGUCUCUCCAUAACCACAACUCUUCUUCUUCUCUACAUUUUCAGAGUUGUUGAUAGCCUACCUCAAAUUCCAUGGAUUGUUAUGGAAAUGUGCUAUUGCUUUGCCUGGACUAUCUUCUUCUUCAUUGCAGCCUCCGUUUUGGCAGCAGUUGUAACCCAACAACCCGCUACCGGAACGUACGCUUUCGCAUCCUUUUUUGCUUUCGGAGCAAUGUGUGCGUACGGCUUUGAUUGCUAUUUGAAAUUCCUUUCUUGGAAGAACAAUGAGAUAGCCACAGGUGGAGGAGUAGACUUCUUGGAACAGCAACGAAGACGCGCACAGAAUGUAUAA